CCCACCUCCCUGCGCACCCAGGAGAUCUCGCACCUGCUCACCGCGGUCUUCCGCAAUUUGUACACGGCCGAGGUGUUCGGCGACGAAGUGAGCACAAGCUUGAUCAAGGCCCGCGGCAGCGAGGAUGCGCUGCACGAGGAGUUCGUGGACGAGCUGCAGCAGAUUCGGAAGCUGUAUAAGCAGCGGUUGGAUGAGUUUGAAAUGUUGGAGAGACACAUCAUUCAGGCCAAUGCACGGGCCCUUGCGGAGAAAGAGCGGGGCAUGCACCAGGCCAGAGUCAAUGUCCUCGAACCCUUCAUCAAGAUGCCCCCAGUGAAGACAGUCUUCAGAUGGUGUGUGGACAACGAGUUGCUCCAGAGACAUCAUUUGAUCUGCCCCAACGAUUACUACAACGACCCAGUGCCAUUUUGCUCUGCACCUAAAGGCAACUUAGACCCUGGGUAUUUAAAACUGACGUUCAGUUGCGAGAGGCGUUCCAUCCAAAAGAAAGAAGUGACCAAGAAGCUUGAGGCUUCAUGCAGGAAGGCUCUCACUGAGCCUGAAGACGAGGCGGACUGCACUGUGGACAGCCUGACAUGGGACUCCUCUUUAAAGGCCAAACGCAGGAGCAAAGAAACUGCCAAGACAGCAAGCCCACCAAGGAAUAGAAGCUGGAUGAACCACUUAAGCAUGUCACAGAGGAAACUGGAGCGGCUCCUCCUUGCGAGGAUGCAGCGCCGGAACUGCUUCCUGAGAAACCCGCGGUUUUUCCCUCCCAACACUGCCCACGGCGGCAGGUCCCUCGUCUUCCCCCCCAGGAGGCCGGCGCUGCCGGGGGCGCCCCGGAGCCGAGAGCCGGACCAGAGCUGCACUGACACCCCGGUGUUCGUCUCUGAGCCACCAGUCGCAUUUUUCACAGAUUACGAAAUUGGAUCAGUUUAUGAGAUGGCCGUCUCCCUGCAGAACAUCACCUCGACCAGCCGCUGCCUGCGGGUGCUCCCGCCUUCCACUCCGUACUUCUCUCUGGGAUUGGGAAUGUUCCCAGGAGAAGGUGGAAUGGUGGCUCCUGGAAUGACCUGCCAGUACAUUGUCCAGUUUUUUCCUGACUGUCUUGGGGACUUUGAUGAUUUUAUCUUGGUCGAGACCCAGUCAGCCCACCCGCUCCUGAUCCCCCUGCAGGCACGGAGGCCACCCCCAGUGCUGACACUGUCGCCAGUGUUGGACUGUGGUUACUGCCUCACUGGGGGAAUGAAGAUGAGCAGAUUCCUCUGCAAAAACGUGGGCUUCAGUGUCGGCAAGUUCUGUGUGAUGCCUAAAAAGAGCUGGCCGCCCACAAGUUUCAGGAAUAUUGCAACCGUUGGCUUCGUUGAGCAGCCUCCCUUUGGGAUCACGCCUUCGGUGUUUGAGUUGGCUCCGGGGCAGGAAAUAUUGGUGGAGGUCUUGUUUCUCCCAAAGAGCUUCGGAGAGGUACAGCAGACCUUCAUCAUCACGUGUGACAACUGCCAGAUAAAGGAACUAGUGAUCUCAGGAAUCGGACAGCUGGUUGCUUUGGAGCUGGUCUAUAUUUCUGGUGAGAAAAGUCAGCCAGAGCCUGGAGAGCUCACAGACUUAACAGCCCAGCACUUCAUACGCUUUGAGCCUGAAAACCUCCAGUCCACCGCUAGGAAACAGCUGAUUAUUAGAAAUGCUACGCAUGUGGAGCUGGCCUUCCACUGGCAGAUCGUGAAGCCCAACUUGCAGCCCCUGAUGCCCGGAGAUACCUACAGCCUGGACAGCCUCAAGUGCUACCCCGACAGCGAGACGGCCUUCUUCAUCACACCCGAGAGGAGCGUGCUCACCCCCCACGCGGACCACGAGUUCAUCCUGAGCUUUUCUCCUCACGAGCCAAAGGAUUUUCACAGUGUUCUCCAGAUGGUGAUAGAGGAAGUACCAGAGCUCUCGAGUUCAGAACCGGAAGGCGCCUCGUACAGUGCGGAUGAAGUGAUCGUCCUGGAGAUCGAGGUGAAGGGCUCAGUGGAACCUUUCCAGGUUCUCUUGGAACCAUAUGCUCUCAUCAUCCCGGGGGAGAACUACAUCGGCAUAAGUGUGAAGAAGGACUUUAAGAUGUGGAACAGCAGCAAGUCCCGCAUUAGAUACACGUGGGGGAAGAUCAGCGACUGCCACAUCAUUGAAGUGGAGCCCUGCACAGGGACCAUCGAGUCCAGUGAGGUGGAGGAUUUUGAGUUGAAGUUCACCGGGGGUGUCCCCGGCCCAACAAGCCAGGACCUGCUGUGUGAGAUCAGAUUCUCACCCUCGCCAGUGGUCCUGCACAUCGAGGCGACAUUCAAGGGGCCUACCCUCGUCAUCAGCGACUCAGCCCUUCAGUUUGGUUUGCUGCGCCUGGGGCAGAAAGCCACAAACUCCAUCCAGAUCCAGAACACCAGCCCGCUCCCAGCCACGUGGCACAUGAAGGAGAGCUCGGUCUGCCUGGAAGAAAGGCAAGACGGUGUGUCUCCUUUCGACAUUGAGCCCUCCAGUGGCGAGAUUCCCCCUCUGGGGGAGUGCAGAGUGAACGUCACCUUGGAGGCUCUGCGGGGCCAGUGUCUGCAGACCGUCCUGGUGCUGGAGGUGGUCAGCGGGCCCUGGAGCUACCUCCCUGUGUAUGCAGAGAUACAGGAGCCCUACGUGUACCUUCAGAGCAGCCAGGUUGUGGUCAGCAACCUCUACCUGGGCGUGCCUACGAAGGCAACCAUCACACUCAUCAAUGGCACGCUCCUGCCCACCCGGUUCCACUGGGGCAAGCUCCUAGGGCACCAAGCAAGCUUCUGCAAAGCAAAAGUCUCCCCCAGACGGGGCACACUGGGCCCCAGUGAGGAGUUCCAUCUCAGCCUGGAACUGACCGCUCAUACCCAGGAAGAGCUGACCGAUCUGGCCCUCCCUUGCACUGUGUCAGGCAUGAAGGAGCCACUGGUUCUGGGCAUUUCUGGGAAACCCCAGGGACUGCAAGUGGACAUUGCCAUCUCUAUGGAGGGCUCCAGUAGAAGUGUUCCCAGCACAGAGCCAUGGCCGGGCCAGAAGGAGGAGCUCCGCCUGGACUUUGGCUCGGCAGUGCCCCUGAGGACCUGCGUGCAUCACCAGCUCAUCCUCACCAACCGCUCCCCAAUCCAGACCUCUUUCACCCUCAAGUUCGAGUACUUUGGGAGCCCUCAAAACAGCCUGAGCCAAAAACUCAGCCCCCCUGACGUGUCACCUGCCCUGCUGAAGACGGAUCGAAUUCGCCAGCAGUUGGCCAAGCGAGAGCACCUGAAAUUUAUGGAAAACAUGUUGUCUCACGGAAAAGGAGCUGCCUUCUUCCCCCACGUUUCACAGGGCACACUGGGUGCCCACCAGCAGCUCCGCAUCGACAUCACGGGCUGUGCGAACAUGUGGGGCGAGUACCGGGACAGCCUCAUCUGCACGGUGGGAGACCUGCCGCCCUUAGUCAUCCCGGUGCACAUGGUGGUGGUGGGCUGCCCCAUCAGCUCUCUGAGGACCAACUACACCAUGGACCAGUUCCAGAAGGAGCCUGUCGUCAGGUUCAGCACCCAGGUCUCUGGAGGAGAUACAGUCACCCGCAUCCUUCGCCUGCAUAACUACAGCCCCUGUGACAUCCGCCUGGACUGGGAGACCUACGCUCCGGAAGAAAAGGAGGACCAGCUGCUGGAGCUGCUGGUGUUUUACGGGCCACCUUUCCCACUGCGGAACCAAGACGGAAAUGAACUACUGUGGCCUGAGACCCCGGAGAGCAGCAGGUCCUUCUGGUCCCCAAGUGUCUCUCACGAGUCGAUGUCCAGCCUUGAAGCUGCCCAUUCUGAGGAGAGCAGCUCCGGUGCCAAUGAGAGGGAAGCACAGAUCAUCUCAGUUGUCCUGCAGGGGCACGAGGGAGUGCCCUCUGACCACCUGUACCGCAUCAGCCCCAAGCAGGUGGUGGUCCCUGCAGGGGGCAGCAGCACCAUCUCCAUCUCCUUCACACCCUUGGUUCUCGGCCCCCACAUCCUGCACAAGGUGGAGUGUGUUGGCUACGCCCUGGGCUUCAUGAGCUUAGACAAUAAGGUGGAAAGGGAGCUUCCAGGGAGGAGGCGGCGUCUGCAGGGCUUUGCCGUGGGACCGCUGAGGCUGGACCUGCACAGCUACGUGAGGCCCGCACAGCUAAGUGUAGAGCUGGACUACGGUGGCGGCAUGGAAUUCCGGCACCAGGCCAGUGACCUCAUCCCUGAGCAGCCCUGUUCUGGGGUGCUGAGUGAGCUGGUGACCACCCACCACCUGAAGCUGACCAACACGACAGACAUCCCACAUUACUUCCGGCUCCUGGUCUCCUGGCCCUUCUCCGCUUCUCAAGAGGGAGCUAGCUAUAGCCGCAGAGCUCCCGGGCCUGGCCAGGAGCAGCCGUGUGAGGAGGGGUCGGCAGCAGCAGGCAAGCAGCUGGUGCUCCACCCACAGGAGAACAUGCUGGUGGAUGUGUCCUUCUCGCUCUCCCUGGAGCUGCUCUCCUAUCAGAAGCUCCCAGGUGACCAGAUGCUGCCCGGAGUGGACAUUCGGCAGAGCACAAGUGGAGAGAAAGAGAUGGUGUUUACCCAGAAUCUGCUCCUAGAGUACACCAACCAGACCUCUCAGGUGGUGCCCCUGCGGGCCACCGUGUCUGUGCCCGAGCUGCAGCUCUCUACCAGCUGGGUGGAUUUUGGGACCUGCUUUGUGAACCAGGGGCGGGUCCGGGAGGUCUACCUGAUGAACCUGAGCGGUUGCCGGAGCUACUGGACUGUGCUGAUGGGCCAGAAGGAGCCGGACAAGGACCCUGUGGCCUUCAGGGUCUCCCCAAGCAGUGGAAUGCUGGAGGCACGACCAGUCAACGCGCCUCCAACUUCCAUCAGCCUGCAGGUUCUCUUCACUGCAAGGAGCAAUGAGCUGUAUGAAUCCACGCUGGUGGUGGAAGGUGUGCUCGGAGAGAAUGCCUGCACCCUGCGGCUCCGGGGCCGAGGCUCUUACGAUGAGAGAUUUGUGUCACCCUACCAGCUCUGAGGUUCUGUCCUCAGAAUACCCCUCCCCCUGCCAACUUUGGGAAUAAACAUGGCCCAGAACUAAGAAACAGGUGUGCUAUGCAUGGGGACCUCUGAGGACCUCUGAGCAGCUCCUGGGAUGGAGGGACUCCCUCCAGGGCACUGGUCUCAGCGCAGGUCCUGCACUCUGUCCUCAUGGGCCAUACCACAGUGAG